GGGCGGGGCUUUCUGCCUCCGGUCUCUGCCCCGCUGCGCUCGUGAUGUUGGUCCAGUUCGCCCCGCUGCGGCUGCCGCUGCGGCGCCGCCUCCAAACCGCCGCGGUUCUGCAGUGGGUCUUUUCCUUCCUGGCGCUGGCGCAAUGCUGCCUGGUCUUGUUCCUCCUCCUGCUCCUGGGAGACGGCUGGGUUCUGGCUGUGCUCUACGCCGCAUGGAUGUACCUAGACUGGGACACCCCGGCCAGAGGGGGCCGCCGCUCCAGCUGGGUGCGAAACUGGUCCGUGUGGGGCUACUUCCGAGACUACUUCCCCAUGACGCUGGUGAAGACGGUGGAGCUGGACCCCUCCCGCAACUACCUCUUUGGCUUCCACCCCCACGGAGUGCUGGUGGCUGGCGCCUUCGGGAACUUUUGCACGGAGGGCACCGGCUUCUCUGCCCUCUUCCCGGGACUCACCCCACACCUGCUGAUGCUGCCCUUCUGGUUCAAGGUGCCCUUCUUCCGAGACUACAUCAUGAGCGGGGGGCUGGUUUCCUCAGACAAGAGCAGUGCCGCCUACCUCCUUGGCCACGAAGGCGGGGGCCAGGUGGCUGUGAUCGCUGUUGGGGGGCCCCCCGAGUCGCUUGACGCCCGGCCUGGAGCUCUGACCCUCCGGCUUCUCAACCGCAAGGGCUUCGUCAAGAUGGCGCUGCAGCAUGGAGCUGCCCUGGUCCCAGUCUUCUCCUUCGGGGAGAACGAGCUCUUCAACCAGGUCUCCAACCCCCAGGGCUCCUUCAUCCGGGCGGUUCAGGAGCGGCUCCAGAAGGCCAUGGGGCUGGCGCUGCCCCUCUUCCACGCCCGGGGGGUCUUCCAGUACAACUUUGGGCUCCUGCCGUUCCGGAGGCCCAUCCACACCGUCGUGGGGGCCCCGAUCCUCGUUCCCAAGACCCCUCACCCGUCAUCAGAGGCCAUCGACAAACUGCACCAAACUUACCUGGAGAAGCUCAACCUGCUCUUUGAGGAGCACAAGACCAAGUACGGCCUCCCUGAAGACAGGCACCUCGAGAUCGUCUAGGGU